GCGUACUUGGUGCGCUCUAUUCUGGAGCAUGCUCAGUUUGGGGGCAAGGAUCUAGGUCACGGGUUUGCCCUAGUGGCAGGACUGUUCAUCAGUGAACUGGGGCGCUCCAUAUCAUUUGCUGUCAUAUGGGCCAUCAACUACGAGUCAGGUAUCAGGGUGCGAGGUGGGGCGUUAUCUCUAAUAUUCAAGAAAAUUCUCCGAUUAAGAAGUCUCAAAGACAAGUCAGUAGGAGAGCUGGUAAAUCUCUGUGCCAAUGACGGACAGAGACUGUUUGAUGCAACAAUUCUAGGCGGACUUAUUUUAGGGGGACCGUUGAUCGCCACUGCUGCCAUAGUGUACUGUGUGCACCUGAUAGGUCCCGCAGCACUAGUGGGACUUUCUGUGUUCAUUCUGUUUUACCCAUUCCAAGUGUUAGUGUCCAGACUUACUAGUCACUUCAGGCGGAAGUGUAUCGUGAUCACUGACAAGAGAGUGAGAAUGAUGAACGAGGUCCUCACCUGCGCCAAGCUCAUUAAGAUGUAUGCUUGGGAAAAGUCAUUUGCCAAGACAAUAUCAGGUAUCCGUUCCGAUGAGCGAAGUAUAUUGGAGAAGUCUGCUUAUGUCCAGAGUGUUAGCAUAGCUGCCACACCCCUAGUUCCCAUCGUCGCUGCUGUUUUAACGUUCAUUGUUCACGCUCAAACAGGAAAUGACCUCACAGCUGCUCAAGUGUACACUUUAGUCACUGUUUUAUACUCUACGUGUUACUACAUUGGUGCUUUCCCAUAUGCAGUCCGAGCACUGUCAGAGUUCAGAGUAUCAUGCGAACGUGUGAAGGUAAUUCAUGUGGUAGUUAACAAGGAUUAAACAACUCUAUCCAUUUGUGAAUGGAUCUGGGCAACAGUCACAUUUGUAAACCUCUAACUUUAGAACAUUUCUUGUGAGGUGUAUGU